CCAGUUGGCCCCGACUGGUACCGGGUAGAGAGGAGGGGCUUGGUGCGACGUGGGGGAAAUUGCGCAUCUCGCACUAACGUUACCGACGCCGACAAACAAGGUGCAUGGCAACAACUGCAUAGUGGUCUACGUGUUAAAUAUAGUGAAUUAUCUUACUAGAUGGCUACACUUUGGUAUCUGUGAGCAGUCAAACGUUUUAGUACAAAGGCAGCCAACUACUUUUGCUCGCGUUACAUUAGCAAAGGCAGUACAGCUAGCUAGCUUAAUUUUGGUGAGACAGUUUGCUAGCUACCUAACGAGUAACUUAAACGGAGUAUUUCUUUUAGCUAAACACCAUUAUAGUAUUACUCAAAAGGUUCGCGCUUACAAGUUAGCUAGCUUUUAGUUCAGCUAACAGUUCGCUAUCUGAUGUGGUGACUGAUCAGUUUCUUGUAGCCUGUCACCGGCAAAAUGACUGUCUUUGCACUGAAUCAAGUUAUCGGUCCCUAGCUAACGUCAAAGCCAGUUGGGGCUGUAAACAAAGAGCGACAAGACGGCAAGAGAAGGGAAGGAGGCGCUCGAAUCGCUCCUUCAGGAUUCAUCCACUGCAUCAGCAUCAACGAUGGAGUUGGCACUGGAUUUGACCAUAUUCUCCAGAAGUAAGGAGUUGGAAUCUACCAAAGUGCAUGGAGCAGCAGCACAGAGAGAGAGAGGUGAAAGAGGGAGACAUGCAACAGAAACAGGAUUCUCAAGGAGGCAAACCCUCAAGCAUCUUGGGAAAGGCGCAUCCAGCUCUCAAGGCCUUCAUGUGUGGCUCCUUGAGCGGCACCUGCUCCACGCUGCUCUUCCAGCCUCUGGACCUGGUCAAGACGCGCCUUCAGACCCUGCAGAACAACAUGAAGCCUGGAGCUCCUAAGGUGGGGAUGAUGACAGAACUUGUCCAGGUCAUUCGGACAGAGAGCUUCCUGGGCCUGUGGAAAGGAGUGUCACCGUCGUUUGUGCGCUGUAUCCCAGGCGUAGGGAUCUACUUCUCUACCUUCUACUCACUGAAGCAGCACUACUUCCAGGAGGGCCGGGCCCCUAACGCUGGGGAGGCUGUGCUGCUGGGGGCCGGGGCCAGGGCUGUGGCUGGGGUCUGCAUGCUGCCUGUCACCGUCAUCAAGACACGCUUCGAGAGCGGACGGUACAACUACGUGAGCGUCCUGGGAGCUCUGAAGAGCGUGUGUGAGACGGAGGGGCCCAGGGCUCUGUUCUCCGGGCUGACGGCCACACUGCUCCGAGACGCCCCCUUCUCUGGCAUCUACGUCAUGUUCUACAGCCAGGCCAAGAGGUCCCUGCCACCGGAGGUGAGCUCGUCGCCCUAUGCCCCGUUGGGGAACUUUGGCUGUGGGGUGAUGGCCGGAGUCCUGGCCUCUGUGGUCACCCAGCCAGCUGACGUGGUCAAGACUCACAUCCAGGUCAGCCCCUCCCACUGGACAACCAAGGACGCCAUUCGCUACAUCUACACGGAGCAUGGUCUGAGGGGUUUCUUCCGUGGUGCUGUGCCUCGCUCUUUGAGGAGGACUCUGAUGGCAGCCAUGGCCUGGACCGUCUACGAACAACUGAUGGCCCGCAUGGGACUCAAGUCCUGAGGAGAGGAGACAGGGAGGAACUGAAAAAGGAAGAAUGACGUGGGGACUUGUUUUUAUACAAAGCAGCAGUUUGAAGGGGAUGAAAAGUGAGGAGGAUGAGAAGGAGGGAGAGAGAGGAGGUGUAGGGACUGUUUAUCACUGCAACUAGCUUGGGAAAGCCAAAGAGGUGGGUGUCGGUGGCACGGAAGAGGGAAAGGUGUGUGUGUUCUACAUGUUGAUGUUUAUGAGAGAGUUAUUGUGAAUGUUUGUAUGUCCUUACAUUGUCAACCCUGACCUUAAAUAACAUUCCCUUACUGCUGAGAACUGAACUCAUCCCCCUCUGAGUGUGGAGACCAUAGAGAACUAUCUGUUUCUAUGGGGGAGACCAUAGGGAUCUAUUUAAUUAUAUUUCUAUGGGGGAGACCCUCUCAGACUGGGGAGACCAUAGAGAGUGAUCUAUUUUUAUGGGGGAGACCCUCUGACUGGGGAGACCAUAGAGAACUAUCUAUUUCUAUGGGGGAGACCAUAGGGAUCUAUUUAAUUAUAUUUCUAUGGGGGAGACCCUCUCAGACUGGGGAGACCAUAGAGAGUGAUCUAUUUUUAUGGGGGAGACCCUCUCAGACUGACUUCUAUGGUUUACCUCUGGAUACCACUCCAGUGACAAGAGACUGUCGCCAACUGUCACCCACUGUCACUGUCUAUGACUGUGAAUGACUGACUAACAUCUAGGUGUCUCUAACACUCCCACUCCCAAGACGAAACGGCAGCUUUGAUUUAGUUACCUCAGCAAGAGGUUAUCCGCUGGCUAAAAGUGUAGUGGACUGGACAAAGCAACCCAGUGCCAUAACCAUGCAACAUAUUUACAAAUGACCGGCAGACUACGUUAUCAGCACAGUGAUUAUUGUGACCUGUCGACUGACUGAAGGAAAUACGAUAUUUAUUUAUUGACUGACUGACUAAAACAUUUAUUACUAGCUUGGACAAUCAAGACAAUAUUGCUGUGCAUUGUAGCAAAAGACUAGGCUGAUAUUUUCUAUACUGCAACUGCACAAUUAGAUACUAGCAACUUGGCAUUGGCAUACUUAGCCAUAUGAAAAUAGUGUACAGUAGGUGUUCUCUAUACCCAAUUAAACUGGGAUAACAUUUCUAGUGCAUUCCAUUCUGGUUGCAGUGUUGUAGACCGGAUGUGCUUUAUCUUAACCAGUAAUGAUAGUCAAUCCCAGAGUCAUAGAUGGAUAAUUGGCUCUAGUCAAUGCCAUUGGAACCCAGACAAUGCAACUCUGGCCCCCUUUGGGCUGUAGCAUUGUGAGACAACAUCGCGAUCAUGAACAUGCAGCUUCAGCAUCACUGUAUUACAUGGGCCAGAUUCAGUAGGCACAAAAAGAAAGCAAACCGGAGGGACUAGCUGAUCUUGUCCUAUACGAAACGUAAAAUGUGUUUGUUUUUCAAUGCAAAACAUUUUGCGACGGUGUGCACUAAUGUACACUACCCAGCUAAAUAUAGGAAUCCAUAUCAGUGAUGCACAGCCAUGGUCCUGGAUUGUCUCUGUUAUUAGUUUAAUAAAUUAAUAGGCUUAUGUAUUCAGUAUUUUGAGUAGUUCGUUUUUGGAAGCCCAUACACGUGUAUAUUUUUUAACCCACAGUGUCCAGUGUGCCAUGUUCAAAAAUAAAACCCCAUGACAUGUCAGUUUCUAAGAGAUGUGUUUAUCUUGAAAAGUAUUGUACAGAUUCAAAAUAUACACUGAGUGAGCGCAACUCAGUAUUAGGAGGGUGCUCUUAAUGUUUGGAAUAGUCAGUGUAUAGAGCCUGUAGAGAGCCCUAUUGAAGCUUCUAGGACCAGAGAUGGCUGAGAGAAACUGAUUUAAAUCCUUCAUUCUAUAUUGGUGCACUAGUAGCACAGGGCUACUCACUCAAUACCAUCACUACAAUCACUGUUUGCCAACUGUUUUUGCUUUUUACGCACACACAUGAAAAAGGACAUAACACAGCUUCAAUAUACACUCAGUGGCCAGUUUAUUAGGUACAUCCAUCUAGUACCGAGUCGGACCCCCUUUGCUUCCAGAACAGACUGAAUUAUUUGGGGCAUGGAAACGUUGCUCAAUUGGUGUCAAGGGACCUAACGUGCGCCAGUAAAACUUUACCCACACCAUGACACCACCGCCACCAGCCUGGAUGGGGCAAUGGACUCAUGCUGCUUACGCCAAAUCUUGACUCUGCCAUCAGCAUGAAUGAACAGGAACCGGGUUUCGUCAUACCAGGCAAUGUUUUUCCACUCCUCAAUUGUCCAGUGUUGGCGAUCACGUGCCCACUGGAACCGCUUGUUUAUAACUGAUAGGAGUGGAACCCGGUGUGGUCUGCUGCAGUAGCUCUUCCUUGACAUGGAUAGAUGAGUUGUGCAUUCUGAAAUGCCGUUUCCCGAUGUUAUUUGCCCGUUUGUGGGCCUACUGUUAGCUUGCACGAUUCUUGCCAUUCUCCUUCGACCUCUCUCAUUAACAAGCUGUUUUCACCCACAGGAUGACCGCUAACUGGAUGUUUUUUGUUUGUCGCGCCAUUUUCCGUAAACCCUAGACACUGUCGUGAGUGAAAUGCCCAUUAGGCUGACCGUUUCUGAGAUACUGGAACCUGCUCGCCUGGCACCAGCGAUCAUAACACGCUCAAAGUUGCAUAGGUCACUCGUUUUUCUCAUUCUAACGUUCAAUCGACUGGUAACUGAAUGCCUUGAUGCCUGUCUGCCUGCUUUUUAUAGCAAGCCACGGCCACGUGACUCACUGUCUGUAGGAGCGAACCAUUUUUGUGAACGGGGGUGUGUACCUAAUAAACUGGGCGCUGAGUAGUUUGAGUCAUUAAGAGGGGAAACACUGAGUUAACCCUAGCUCAAUGCCAGUCAGUGAAUGCACUUUAGAAUUCAACGCAUAUUCAAUCAUUUAAGCCCCUUAGCGGCUGGUAAAAGGACUGGGGUGAUCAACUUUUCUUGCGAAUUGGUAGUUCUUCAGCCCUUGUCUGUGUGUUUUGUUGUAACACAGUAACAACUCUUACCACCAAAUUGUCCUGUGCCGUAACAUUUUUGCCUUGGCGAUUAUCAUCACUAUUGUCCUUGAUAUUGUGACUUUACAUUGUAUAUGGUCUGUUAUUUGUGUCAAUAUUUUGUGUGUGUGAGUUUGCUCAGACCGAUGCUGUGCCUGUUUUUGUUUUUAAGUGAAUAAAAUUCCCCCCAUUUUUGUACAAUA